ACUAAGCCAAGGCACUUCCCAUUCCAACUUUCCCUCCACGUCUCCACUUCGUCUCCGGCCCUUUCGCUUUCUCUUCUUUUGUUCUCUUCCCUUCGGUCCUGUCUCGAUCUCUUCUCCUCGGUCAGGGGAUCAAUUCUUCAUCCUCCAAACGUUCUUUCUUUGCUCCUUCCGGAUCCUUUGUGAACGGUGUGCUUCCCGCCGAGGUCUAGCCGAGGUGCCCAUCCCACGCCCCCAUCGUUCCCGGGCUGCAAGUGCCUCUUAAAUCCAAGUUUCUGGUGCGACUAGCACCACCGCCUACCUUUUCCCCCGCGGCUUCUGGCCCGUUGCUGGGGCCCCUUCCUCCCCGUCGCAAUCUCUCAUUGUUCUAUCUACUUGCCCCGUCCGAUAUUAUCACCACGACUUGACCACCUGGGCACGUCCCUGGGUUUAAAUCCAGGCAUUCACCGGCAUGACACAACUUUUUGCCUCCAGUCCGUCCUCCGUGACGAACGAGAAACGCGGGAACUUCCCCAGUCUCUCGCUGGCCUCCAAGAAACAUUCGAAUUCGAACGAGUCGGGCCACCUUCCCACGAGAAUUAAGAAUUUCUUUCGCAUCAACAGUUCGAGCAGUAAUUCCUCCCAUGCCAGCCAUCACAGUAAUGACCACCGGGACCGCGACGGCAAUACGUCUCCGCCCGCAAAGCCGGAUGCCAAAUCCGGUUUUAGACAGUCCCGGUUCCUUCCCACCAUCGGCCGCAAUCGCUCCACCACCGUUGCCAGCGAAGGCAACCCGCUAGACGAAGGCGUGUCCCCGACCGCGACGGCCAACCCAUAUUUUGUUCACCAGGGCCAGCCUUCGCUGCAGCAUCGCAACGAUGGCUCCGUGCCGUCGUCCCCUCCCGAUACCCCCGAGUUACAGGUGGAUGGCGUCUCGGCGGCUGAGCAAGCGACUACGGCCAACAAGGAGGAGCUGGCACGGAAGCUUCGUCGGGUCGCUUCUGCCCCGAAUGCGCAGGGUCUCUUUGCCCGCGGCCAGGGCGACGGACGGCCUCAGACAGCCGAAUUAGGAAAGGAACCUCUGGAGCAAGUGGCUGGGCCUGAUGACCCGCAGGUCACUACGGUAGAAUUGACAGGUGAAAAAGAGAUGAGCCUGGCCGUGCCGAAAAUUGGCCCUCACAGCAAGCUUUCCCUUCCUGGUCACCUUCGAGAUUCGGUCGCCUUCCGCAGGACAUACAGCUCCAACUCGAUCAAGGUGCGCAAUGUGGAGGUCGGACCGGGCAGUUUCGACAAGAUCAAGUUGAUUGGCAAGGGUGAUGUGGGUAAGGUGUACCUUGUCCGGGAGAAGAAGUCUAGCCGGCUCUAUGCUAUGAAGGUUUUGAGCAAGAAGGAAAUGAUUAAGCGGAACAAGAUCAAGCGGGCUCUGGCGGAGCAGGAAAUCCUCGCCACUAGCAACCAUCCGUUCAUUGUUACACUCUACCAUUCCUUCCAGUCUGAAGACUAUCUCUACCUGUGCAUGGAAUACUGCAGUGGUGGCGAAUUUUUCAGAGCUCUUCAAACCCGACCUGGGAAAUGCAUUUCCGAGGAUGCGGCACGAUUCUAUGCUGCGGAAGUUACUGCCGCUCUGGAGUACCUCCAUCUCAUGGGUUUCAUCUACCGCGAUUUGAAACCAGAAAAUAUCCUUCUCCACCAGUCAGGCCACAUCAUGUUGUCUGAUUUCGAUCUGUCGAAACAAUCCGGACCCGGCGGUGCCCCGACGAUGAUCCCUGCACGGAGUGGCAACUCUACGACGUCGCUGCCCACGAUUGACACCAAGUCGUGCAUUGCUGAUUUCCGGACGAACUCAUUUGUCGGCACGGAAGAGUACAUUGCACCCGAGGUCAUCAAGGGCUGCGGACAUACUAGCGCAGUCGACUGGUGGACGCUUGGCAUUCUGAUUUAUGAGAUGCUCUACGGCACGACGCCGUUCAAAGGCAAGAACCGGAAUGCUACGUUCGGAAACAUCCUGCGAGAUGAGGUGCCAUUCCCUGAGCAUGCUGCGGCCCAACAGGUUUCAAAUCUGUGCAAAUCAUUAAUUCGCAAGCUGUUGAUCAAGGACGAGACCAAGCGCCUUGGAGCUCGAGCCGGCGCUUCUGACGUCAAGACCCAUCCCUUCUUCCGGCAGACCCAAUGGGCGCUCAUCCGGCAUAUGAAGCCGCCGAUGAUCCCCCACCAGAGCCGUGGCACGGAUACCCUCAACUUCCGCAAUGUGAAGGAGAGCGCAAGUGUUGACAUCGGUGGGCCCAGCACGAGCAAGAUGAAGGGUGUGCCGAUGGAUUCGGGACUUGCGACGCCCAAUGGCGAGGUGGCAGAUCCGUUUGAAGAGUUCAACAGCGUCACCCUUCACCAUGACGGGGACAUGUGAAUGGAUGCCAUCUGCAGCAGGCGCAGCAUACAUUGUAUCGCCAGCGGCAUUUUUACGACCUUGAUGCAUGAAAGAUCUCUACAGGAGGAUCUCUUACAGCUAAACCUGGAGUAUCGGAUGCUUUGAUUGGGAGUUUGUUUAUUUUUCCUUUCUAUACACGGAUGGUUAUCGAUAUAUGCUGAUAUCCAACGCGGUCUCUUGAUCGUGACUGAAGCAUGGGUUAAUUUCGGAUAAUGUUUUUUUUUUC